ACUCUUUUUAUUUGUUUUUAUUUUUACUCAUUUUUUUUGUCGGAAGCAUCACACGUAGUACCGUAAGACACACCGAAAAGAUGGACGGGGGACGUAGAGAGGACAGUUUCCUUUCCACGGCAAACAGCGACAGCGAGGAGGAAGAGGAGGACUCAUCCGACAGUUUUACCAAUCUCAACGAUCAUGACCGCCAGAUGGCAGCCCUGCAGGAGCUCGAGGACAUCAUACGCAAAGAGACUUACCACGUGGUGCCCAUCAUGGAGUCACGGCAGGGGUUCACCAAUCUCACGGCCACCGUGCAGCGCAUCGGACAGGCGGGGCGCGAGGCGGUGGACUGGGCGCGCUCGUGUCUGCGGGACCAUGCGGACGCCCGCGCCGCGGCCGACAAGGCCCUGGCCGUGCAGCAGGCGCUGGAGGAGGACGUGCUGGCGCUGCAGGCCAAGCUGCGCGAGGAGGAGCGGCUCACUGCCGAGGCGCGGGCGGACGCGGACGCGAGCCAGGGCCGCGAGCAGACGACGCUCGUGCUGCUGGAGGAGCUGCGCGCCGAGCUGCAGCGACAGCGCACGCGGGCCGAGCACCUGUCCACGCUGCAGGAGCCGGCCGCGCCCGGCGCCGGCGAGGACAUCAAGAGCGAGCUGGACGCGCACCGGAGGCUCGUCCGCGAGCAGGACCUCGCCGAGGAGCUGACGCACGUCAAGGAGCUGCUGCGGUCCACCUACGACCACCAGGACGCCAUCGCCAGGCGCGCGUCCUUCGCCAACAUGCGCGCGAACAAGCUGACCGAGGAGCUGACCUCGGCGCAGGCCGCCCACGCCCUGGAGGUGCGCCACAAGGAGAACGUCGAGCGCGACGCGCAGCAGCUCCGGAGAGACCUGGAGGCGCGCGCCGCCGAGGUGGCCGGACUGCAGACGCAGCUAGAAGCUGCCCGGGAACGCGCCGACCAGCAGGUCACAAAAUGGAUUCGGAAUCGUACAGAAAGUGCGUCAGUUUUGCUCAGAUGAAUGCGGUACUCGACUCCUUGGCGCCUGCGAUGUUCGGGGUAGGCUAACCCGCAAUACACACUUGCAUUGCAGGCAAUAUGUUGACUAACCAGCAGGCGCCUUAUAGGGGUCUCAGAGAGCAGACGACGCGCGGGCCGAAGGGUGAAACCUCUCACUCGCUCUCACUUACUCCGCAUUACCUCCGUCUCUCUCGCACCUUGCCAGAGUGGCCCGCGGGCCGCGUCUCUGAAUGUGUGAGAUCGCUUGUUGAUCGGCUCAUCCUGCGGUGCUGCAGGACAAGCUGCUGCGCGAGGCCAGCCUCCGCGAGGACCGGCUGCGCAAGCGUGCCGACCAGCUCCAGAGGCAGGUGGACCGCGGCGAGCAGCAGACGGGGGCGCUGCAGCAGCUGCUGGAGCGGCGCGCACAGAGCGAGGAGGAGGGGCGGGCGCAGCUGCAGGUGGCGGAGCUGGAGCUGGGCCGGCAGCGGCGGCAGCUGGCCGCGCUGGAGAAGGCGCACGACGCGGCCGCCUCCCGGCUCCGCAGCCACGACGCCAAGCUGGCGGCGCUCGUGGCGGAGCGCGACGCGCUGCUCGCCAACAGGGCUGACCUGCGCAGGGAGCUCGAGGUAU